AUGCUUGUGAGCCUGCCUGGCAGCCUACACCCAGAGGAAGCCAGCGGUCUGGUUGCUUUCCAGUUCACGAAUGCAACGAAGGAACCAAUCCCAAAGGUCAGCCAGCUCUCCAAAGCCUGUGUUGACGUCAUCGCCCCGGAGACGCUCGCGAGGGUUGCUGUGGUUGGCUCAGGCGGCGCUUCCCGGCCCGCGUGGUCUCCUGACCAAGCGUGGCCUGGACGAGGUCGAAGGGACCCCUCCCUCGCAGACCUCCAGCCUGAGCAUCCCUGGCCAGCUCUCCGCGCGCCGGGAGAUCCGGACCGCCGCCUGACGCUCCGCCGGGACCCCGAGGUGACGCAGGUGAUGGCGGAGGCGGGUGAGGGGAGCCAGGAGUCGCCCCGGCUGUCGGAGGAGGCAGGCGUCCCCGGCGACCCCACGGACUGCGGCCGUGCUGCCUGGGCCCGAGUCGACGCGGGUCGUGGUCGCGCGGAGUCCCGGGCCCAGCAGAAGAAGGCGCUGCUUUCCACUGGGGGCUUAGCCAUUGCCGCCGAGUUGGCGGCGGGGCUGGCGACCGACGGCCGCCCGAAAACCGGCGCUCCGGACGGGGCGGAAGCCCUCCAGACCCGCGCCGCAGAGAGGCGCGCGUCCGAGGGGACGGGCCGACCGAAGGGCGAGGGAGCGACGGCUGAGAAGUGCGCGGAGAGCCCCGGAGCAGUGGAAGAAGAGGCGGGGCCUGAAGUCGGGGUGGAGGAAGGGAUGGAGCAGGAGGAGGGAGCCGAGGCGGCCGUAGUGGUGGAGGCGCCGGUGGGUGAAGAAAAGAAAAUGGCGGAGGAAGACGGAAGCCCAGGAGAGGUGAAGGAGGCGGGACCCUGGGCCCUGAAUAUGGAUCUGUACAGGGAUCCUCUGGAGGCCAUCCAGCUGGAACUGGACACUGUGAAUGCCCAGGCGGACAGGGCCUUCCAACACCUGGAGCAGAAGUUCGGGCGGAUGCAUCGGCACUACCUGGAGCGAAGGAACUACAUCAUUCAGAGUAUCCCGGGCUUCUGGAUGACCGCUUUUAGGAACCACCCCCAGCUGUCCGCCAUGGUCAGGGGACAAGAUGCAGAUAUGUUAAGGUACGUGACCAAUUUGGAGGUGAAGGAACUGAGACAUCCUAGAACUGGCUGCAAGUUCAAAUUCUUCUUUAGAAGAAACCCCUACUUCAGAAAUAAGCUGAUCGUCAAGGAAUUUGAGGUCAGAUCUUCCGGCCGAGUGGUGUCUCUUUCCACUCCAAUCAUAUGGCGAAGGGGACACGAACCCCAGACCUUCAUUCGCAGAAACCAAGACCUCAUCUGCAGCUUCUUUACCUGGUUUUCAGACCACAGUCUUCCAGAGUCUGACAGAAUUGCUGAGAUUAUCAAAGAGGAUCUCUGGCCAGACCCACUGCAGUACUACCUGUUGCGUGAAGGAGUACGUAGAGCGAGGCGUCGACCCCUAAGAGAGCCAGUGGAGAUCCCCAGGCCCUUCGGUUUCCAAUCAGGUUAAUCUCUACCUUUGGGAAUUCUGCUGCACAAAGUCCCCUACCACCUCUUGCUGGACAUACGCUUGGGCAAGAGCCAUGGGUGGUAUGACUUUAUUUCUGUUUUUGUUUUUAUUUUUUGGCUGAACUUUCUGUACCCUUCUCUCUGGAUAUUCAGUUCUUUCAGCUUCAAGAUUGAGACUUCUACGGACAUGCUCCUUAAUACUUGGCGUUCAUGUUCUUCUGUGUUAAUAUCCCAUGAUCCAUGGCAAUAGAUCACACUACUUCUAAGACAAACCAGUGAUGUUGUAGGUUGCACUACCUGAUCUACACUGCAUGGACCGUUUUUCCAAGGGCCUCUGAUCUUUCUACCAUUUGGGUUGGAGCACAUUCUGUUCAUACUGCUCUGCAUCUGGCAGUUCAGGCACUCAGUCUGUGGAUAAUUGCUGAGCAUUAAUGUUGUCAAGGGAGAUUAACAGUGGACCACUUUUUCUGUAAUGUAUGUUACUUUGUGACUCUUCCUGCUCCACUAGUUACCUUCUAAUGUUGCCUACUAUUAGCUAUGCUCACUCCUUUGAGUGUUGCCAGCAGCUAUGUCUCCACAUUAACCUUUUUCUCCUAUUUUAAAAACAAAAAACAAAAAAACUUUAAAAAAGAUAAUUCAGAAACGCCUGAAAAAGCAGGCUUUUAUUUGUGUGAGCUCUUCACAGAUCUGGUGGUAGAGAGAUCUGAUUGUCCCCUCUCCCAGCUUCAUAAUUCCCCACACUCUUUAACAAGUGUAGUGGGCUUAAAGGGAGAUGUACUUGGAGAGAAAGGCAAAAAUCUGCUUUAUAAUUGAUAGGACAGUUAAACAGACCGUGAGAGGUGAGGGGAAACUGAACAAAAGGCUAGAUGCAGAAAUAAGGCAGGUAGAAAUUGAGCUGAUAAUGAAGACUGGGCUGACAGAGCUAUCAGUCUUAUUCUGUCCAUAGUAAUGGGAGGAGACACUUUCUCAGGAUAGAAACAGAAAAAAUUGCAGGGAUUUUGGAUUGUUAAAUAGGUUGUGUGGAAAAGGGUUCUUGAAAGGUACAGUGCAAUUUUGAAUGUUUUUUUUUAUGUGACAUGAUGUAUGUGGAAGGUUAAUAUUGUGUUAUUUCAUUAAUACUUGUUAUUUUCUGUUAAUGAUUACUGCGAAAAUUGUAUGGCUUUUUUUUUGUAAACUUUGGAACAUUUGGUAGAAUGACAAUUGUACUUUCCUGUACAGUAUUGAGACUUAAGUGAAUAUUCCUAAGAGUUUUCAACUUGUUCUUUUUUCCCUUAAGUUGUAUUCAUGGAAACAUAGUUUGGAUAACUUGGUCUUUAUGAGACUUGUCAAGUUACUCCCUUCAUGGAAAAAUAUCCGCAAAAAGUACGUGGCUUGAUUUUUUUUUUUUUUUUUUUGGAUAAUUUGUUCUGGUAACAGCUUAGUAAUGGAUGUGUCUCUUUUCCUUCAUUGCAUUAAUUACUUGUGAGAUUGCUGUGUUAAAUUUGAAAUGUACCAUAUUUGUGUUUAUGAUAGAAUAAAAGCAUGUUACUGUGUUAGA